CCGGAAGUUCCAAAGCCGACACACGUUCCCGUUACCGCCAGCGGCGCGUUUCAGUUUCGAUUCUCCGCGGUGGCCGCCUGUGCCGGGGAAGGAGCGGAGCCCGCUUGUUGCAGGGAAACGAAAGCGGAGCAGCAGCGCUUCCCGCAGACGGACGAGUCUCCCGCUCGGAAGCAGUCGUCUGCAGAGGGGGCUCCGCCGCUUUUGGCCCGGACUUGUCCCAAGGGAGAAGCAGCUGCCCACCGACCACCCCGUGGCGCCGUUUCCUAGCCUGUACCAAAAUGGCAGACAACCAAGCUGUUCCAAGAAUAUACAUGGCGAAACUUAAUGAGUAUUGUCAGAGAAGACGUUUACGAUUGGACUAUAAGGAUCUUGGUUUCGAUGGCCCAUCUCAUAAUCCUGUAUUCACUGUAGCAGUUGAAAUAGAUGGAAGGCAGUAUAGCCAAGCAACAGGUAAAAGCAAGAAGGAGGCAAAAGAUCGUGCAGCAUUCUUAGCUUGGGAGUCCAUACAACAAGAACUGCCAGCAGAUCCUGUUUUAAGACCAGAGCAGCCGCUGCCUCCUCUGCCAACACCACAAUAUCCUGUUUUAAGACCACAGCAGCCGCUGCCUCCUCUGUCAUCGCCACUAUCUCAGUCUCCUGAGCCUGAUGCAAAUCUGGCACAACCAGCUUCUUCACUUAACUAUCUUGCCUUGCUCAAUGAAUAUUCAUCGAGAAACAAAGUGGUGGUUCAAUAUGUUGUGGUUUCUAAAUCUGGCCUGGAUCACAUGCCAAUUUUUCACUGUGUCUGUACAAUUGAUGAUAAAGAUUUUGGUGAGGGAACAGGAAAUAAUAAACAAACAGCAAAACGGAAUGCAGCCAGGCAAGCGUAUGAAAAAUUGAAUGACCAAGCAACCUCCAGGGCAGAAAGAAGUGCUUCCCUUCCAAAUAUUUCUACAAAUAGUUCUAGAAAUCCAUCACACAGUAAUUCCCAAGAAUCAUCACCAGAGGCAUCUGGGACGUCUGCUGAAGAGGCUGUGGACCUUGCUUCCAACAAAUCGGAUAGUAUAGUUUUUCUGAGCUCCAGUAUAUAUUCAAAUGGUACAGAUCGGGAUUCCAGCUGUAACCAUGUAGCUGACAAACUUGCUAAUCAGUUUGGUGCCAUACAGCUAAAUGAAGCUUCUCCAUCCUCUCUGGCAAGUCCCAAAGGUUCUGCUGUGAGACCUAAAAAAAGAGAGACACCAUUGGCACCGAAAUUUUCAAAGCUGAAUCGAAAGCAAAGCAAGUACACCAUCAAUGAAAAGUUUCUGGACGAAUUUGAAGAUAUACAGAAAAUUAAAUCUGGUGGAUAUGGAACCGUUUUCAAGGCAAAACAUUUCUUUGAUGGUCGAUUAUUAGCUGUCAAACGAGUCAAGCUUCUUGUAGGAAAAGAAGAAUCAAAAAAGGAAGUACAAGCCUUAGCAAAGCUUGAGCAUGAAUAUAUUGUUCAAUAUUAUAAUUGUUGGAUCGGGAAAGAUAAUAUCCCAUCGCCAGAGGAUAGUGACCAGAGGGUGGAAGCUGACUGCCUUUUCAUAGUGAUGGAAUAUUGUGAAAAGGGGACACUUAAAGAUUGGAUUAGUAAGGAACGUGCAAAGGAAAGCUAUCAUGAAGAUGCCAAAAUUAAAUUCCAGCAAAUAGUGGAAGGGGUCGCAUAUAUUCAUUCUCAAAACUUAAUUCAUCGAGAUCUCAAGCCAAUAAAUAUAUUAAUGUCUAGAGACAAUAAAAUAAAAAUUGGUGAUUUUGGGCUGGUAACCACAGGUGUAGAUGACCAUUCAGUACAGCGAACAGAAAAGAGGGGAACAGUACUAUACAUGGCUCCUGAACAGGUGGGGAACAAAUACGGAAAGGAAGUGGAUAUCUUUUCGUUAGGAUUAAUUUUAUUCGAAAUGCUUUACACAUUCCAAACUUAUCAUGAGAAACCUGAGAGAUUCGAGAACAUAAAGAAAGGCGAAUUUCCAGAACCGUUUACAAAGGAGUUUCCAGAAGAGGUAUCUCUAAUUAAGAAACUGCUUUCAAAAGUGCCAUCUGACAGACCAUCGGCACCUGCCAUUUUGCAUAUUUUAAAGAAAAGGCAGUAUAGCCCACACACUUGUUAACUAAUACCUGUCCAAACACAACUGCAGAAUUUUGGUCUAAAGGUAGUGGUUCCUUUUGCUGUUGCUAAUAUUGAAAAUCUUGUCUGAAUCAAAACUGUGGCACCUGGAAAUUUAACUCUGGAUUGCCUCUUGCUAUAUGUUCUGCUGUGGCCUUUGAGGGGAGCUGCAGGGUGCUCUUGUGGAGGCAAAAUUUCUCUGAAGCCAGAACUAGACGCCUGUGCCUUGUAUGUGUGGCUGUCUUUAAAAACUGUCCUGCUCUCUCAUGGGAGGCUCAGCCUCAGUGGCUGGAAGCCCAUUUUACAAGCUGUGACAGAUAUGGUCAUUCCUGGACUGAGAGAACUUGACCACAGUGGUUCAGGCAUUGGUGACUUCAAGGUUAGAUUACUGCAAGGUUAGAUUACUGCAGUGCACUCUUUGAACUUGAUUCGCAAUAUGCUGUUAGUGCACAAUGCCGUUGCAUGAUUGCUAGCAGGAAGAGAUCCUCUGCACAGAACAGCUUUGCUCAAAGAACUGCACUGGCUGUCCAUUUACUACCAGGCCAGGUUCAAGGUGUUAGCAUUAGGGGUAGGAUCACCUUUCAAGAAUGCUUCAAUCUACAUUAACCCGCACUGUUACAGGUGCCUCAUAAUACUUAAAAGACAUCAAUCUUUACUGCAGCAGCACCUUCACUUUGAAACUUGCUGCCUGUAGACAUCAGGCAGGUGCCUUCAUCACAUUCUUUUUGGCAUCUGCGUAAAACACAUUUGUUUACGCAAGCGUGUCCAGAUACGUAGAAGCCACAUGUGCUUUCUCUCUUUUUAGGUAUGGGUUCUUUUAAGCAACUUUUCAAUGUUUUUAAAUACCCGUGCUUUUUAUUGAGAUUUUUAAAGUGUUUUAUUUCAUUUUUUUGUAAACUGCUUAGAGGUUUUCUUACAAUCAAGUUGUAUAUAAAUUUUGUGGGUUUUUUGUUUUUUUCUAUUUGGUUUCUGCCAGGAGAGUUCUUUUACUUUUUAUCUGCAAGAUUAAGUGUUUGUUUCCAAAAUUCCACCUAUUUUAUUGAUGGCUCAUCAUAUGCAUUUAAUAAUUACUAGUAAUAAAUAAUAAAGGAAAAUAAUAUGAGUGACAUAAUAUGAGGCUUUUGAAGUAAUCGAGGUUUUGGAGCUAUCUCUGCUUGGAAGCCUGUGUUGAAAACCUAGCUGUGGUUUGGUAAGACAUAGGAAGCUGCCUUAUACUCAGUUGACCCAUUGGUUCAUCAAUAUUGUCUACUCUGAUGAGCAGCAAGUCUUGAGGAUUUCAGAUGAUGUUUUCCCAGCCCUGCUGGGAAUUGAACUUGGGACAUUUUUUGCAUGCAGAGCAUAUGCUCUCCCCCUGAGCCCUUUUUGUCUGGACACUUGGCUUUUAAGCAGAAGGAUGAUAAAGGGAAACCUGUUUUUCUGUCAGACUUAAUUCCUUUCCUGCAAUACAACCUAGAAAAAAAAUGGAAGUUAUCCAAAUCAGAACUUUUUUGGAAGCUAUCCAAAUCAGAACUGUUUUUUUUUAAAAAAAUAAUGAUUCAUGAUAGAUUGUAUUCAUAAAAAAUAUUUGUAUAUCACUGCAUCAUU